AGAGGCAACUCCCUACAGACCAUCCAGUCCAAGAUCUGUGCAAUCGCGUGGUAUCAUCGAUGGGAACUCGGAUUUAACAUCGGUCUCCUCCCUCACCACGACAUGGCAAUCAAGGGCAUCCAACGGCUCCAACCAUCCCCGCAGCCCAAGCAACCAUUCACGUUCCCCAUGCUUCGAGUCAUCCAUCAGCAACUCAACUUCAACUCAGCCCAUGACCGUGUCUUAUGGGAGGCUACGGUCAUGGGCUUCUUCUUUCUCUUGAGGCGCAGUGAAUAUCUUCGUGACGGCGCACAUCAAUACCAAUUCGCAAUCCGACGGUCCGACGUGUGUUUCUACGACCGCCAAGGACGACGCUGCGAGCGCAAGCAAAAUGUUCAUCGAGUCCAGAUCAACUUUCGGGGCGGCAAAAAUGACCAAGCUGGAGUGGGUGUAUCGCGGUCACUAGCUACAUCGACAGUCUCGUGGUGCUGUCCCGUACGUGCU